AUGACGAUUGUACAUAUUGUGCUGUUCAAGUUCCGACCCGAGGUCACCGACGACCUCAAGGCAACUUUCGUUCGCGAACUGAAGCAGCUGCGAGACUUGCCAUGCGUCUUGAACAAGCGACUCGUGGUCGGUGGGCCGUCGGUCACGGAUCCCAUUGAGCGCAGCAAGGGCUACCACUUUGCCCUUGUCAGCUACCAUAGAGACCGGGCGGCGCUGGAUGAGUAUCAAGCGAGCAGCGAGCACCACAGAGUGACAAGCACGUAUCUCUGGCCGUUCAAGGAGGACGUCACGCGGUUUGAUUUUGAGGUGGCGUCAGAAGACGAGCAAGUCUGUCUCGGAAGGUUAUGA